AUGGACCAAGUUGAAAAUCAAAUUGCUUUACAAUUCAUUGGUGAUUUUUCCAAUAGAACUUCAGAAAAAAUCCUCAAUGAAAUUGUAAAUUCGGUAAUUGAUUCUUCAGGGCUGGUUUCCAGCGUGCUGAAUAGUCUGAUGCCAAAGAUUGGCGAGAAAUUCAAGAGCACAGUAAAUGAGUGCUUAAACUCAGAAAUGAACAAAUUUGAACAGAUUAAAGAACGAAAUUUAAUUGACAUAAAUGAAAACCAAGAAAAACAUGAACUUUUAUUAGAACAAAUUGGAAACGACUUACUUUCGAUUAGCCUUGCAAUUGGAUUCGACAAAUUAGAUGGAGAAGGGGAAAGGAAAAAUAUUGAAAAGUCAGCCAAAAAAGGAGCUGCGCUGACUCAAGACUAUGAAGCUGUGAUAAAUAUCCCUUUAUUCAUUAAUUACAAUAUUUUUUUAACAAAAUAUUACACAUCAAUAAUUUUCAUAUAAUUAAGGUAUAGAAUUCUAAAAGGCAAAGAUAAGGAAGUAAUAAAAAGGAAGCUAAAUGAACUAAAUUUAGAAGAAGUAAUGGGCAAAAACUUAACUGAAAAUACUUAUUAUGACUUAGCUGAUGAACUAAUUAAUUUGGCAAAAGAAGGCGACCAAAACUCUGCACUAUGACUAGAAAAAAUAUGUAGAGUAAUCCCAAUCACCCAGAGCAAGCGAAAACAAGAUUUUUUUAAAAAGAUUUUAUUUUCUAACGAAGAAGGAUUCGAAAAGUACCAAGAAAUUUUAUUCCAACGACUAUAA